AUGGCCGGUCUGCAGGAGGAGCUGGGAAGCCGGGUCCAGGCCUGGGAGCAGGAGCACGAGGGGAUGUUUCUGGUGAAGGGGCAGCAAUUGAUGGCAUACGUGUCGGAGCAGUGGCAGCUGUACCACCUGGAGAAAGAGAAGGAGAAGCAGGAGCGGCAACUGAAGAAAAGGCGCCAGAUAGAGGCAGAGAUGUUGUAUGGAAGCACCCCGCGCACACCUAUCAAACGGCGGAUGCUCGGCACCACCACUCCUGGCAAAGCGAGGAAGUGCCACUCCCAACAGCACCGUUCGUUCUGUUUUGGGGAAACAAUCUACCACUCACCAGUGACUCGCUUGCCACCUUCUGGAGUGAAGAAUCAGAACUGGGCCUCACAUCCUGGAGGGCUCCUGAAGCUUGAAACUCCUCUGGCACCUCAGAGCGACAGGCAGUGAAGGAGCGGUUUGGGGCAGCGGUGCAGAACGUGGUGGCGGAGGUGACUGAGGACAAGGCGCUGCAGCGGGCUGAGCGCAAGCGGCUCCAGGUGGAGCAGGC